UUUUAAAAAUUAUGAAAUAUUAUGAUUUACAGCUGAGCGUCAAAUUGAUUGCUCGGUAUUAAAUUAAACAAAAAUAUAGUUUAAUAUUAUGGGUGACGAUGAAACAAAUUCUAGUAGAAAACGUGAUAAAAACAAGUGUAAGGUAAUUAUAAUUGGCGCUGGAAUUGCUGGAUUAGCCGCUGCAAAUCAUCUUUUAAAAAAUGGUAUAGAUGAUUUCAUAAUAAUAGAAGCGAGAAAACGAAUCGGUGGUAGAAUUAUAUCCAUACCAAUAAAAAAUCAUCGAGUAGAGUUAGGGGCAAACUGGAUUCACGGUGUGUUAGGAAAUCCUAUAUUCGAGCUAGCUACUGCUAAUGGUCUGGUCAACAUAAUAAAUGUACCGAAACCGCAUAAAGUUAUAGCCGCAACUGAAGACGGCAAGCAAGUUCCUUUUGGUGUAUUACAUGAAAUACACGAGGCCUAUGUGUGUUUUCUGAGGCGAUGUGAAGAGUACUUUUUGUGUCAAUAUUUGCCACCACCGGAAAUAAACAGUGUUGGUGAGCACAUUAAUUUAGAAGCUGCUAUAUACCUCGAACGUUUACCAUCUUCAGAGGAGAAGAAACUGAGACGGCUAAUCUUCGAUUGCUUAUUAAAAAGAGAAACAUGUAUAGCAGGAUGUAAUUCUAUGGAUGAAAUUGAUCUUCUGGAGCUCGGAAGUUAUACAGAGCUGCAAGGUGGUAAUAUCAUGAUUCCAUCAGGAUUCAGUGGUAUUUUAGAACCUAUGACUAAAAAUAUUGCUCCUGAGAAGAUACUGUCUGGUACACCGGUGACAAAAAUUAUUUGGAACUCUAAUGAUAAUUCUGAUGACUUGGGAGAAGAAUCAGAGGACUCGGAUCAAACUGUGAUAGAAGAUAUAUCCAAAAUAUCUACAGAAAACAAAAAUCAACCAAGUGAAUUGAGGGGUGAUGUCCCAAAUAAAAUUAAACCAUCUAAUAAUUAUAUAGAAGUGAUGUGUGAAAAUGGUGAAAGUUAUUUUGCAAAUCAUGUCAUAUGCACCAUACCACUAGGUGUGCUCAAAGACUGUGCAGCAACUUUGUUUGAACCCCAAUUGCCUCAAUAUAAGAUGGAAUCAAUAGAAAGACUUUUGUUUAGUGCUGUGGAUAAAAUUUUUUUAGAAUAUGAAAGGCCUUUUCUAAAUCCAGAUAUCACAGAAGUGAUGUUACUAUGGGAUAAUUCUAAUGCAAAGGAAGAGAUAUCAGAGUCAUGGUUUAAAAAAAUUUAUUCAUUUACAAAAGUAACAGAAACAUUGCUAUUGGGUUGGGUGUCUGGCAAAGAGGCUGAAUAUAUGGAAACUUUGUCUAUGGAAGAAGUGGGUGUUACAUGUACUAAGAUAUUGAGAAAGUUUCUCAAUGAUCCAUUUGUACCAGAGCCUAUAUUGUGUGUAUGUACCAGUUGGCAAAAGCAACCUUAUACAAGAGGAGCAUAUACAGCUUUGGGUGUUGGUUCAAGCCAGAGUGAUAUUGAAAGUUUAGCACAACCAUUAUUUAGAAAUGUACGAGAUAAAAAGCCAGCAUUACUUUUUGCGGGCGAACAUACCCAUAGCAGCUUUUAUUCAACGGUACAUGGUGCCUAUUUAUCAGGUCAGAUUGCAGCUAAGAGGAUAGUCGCUCCCGACCUUGUUGGAGAGAAUGAGCUAGAAUGCCCCGGUACAGCAGACCUCAAUUCAUGGAUCCAAGGCAUUCAACUAGAAGGGUAAAAAAUAAGACUUUAUAAAAGUUAGAAUUAUUGUCUUUAUCAACACAAUAAGUAUUUCACAUGCUGCAGUGAGCAGGCCUGUUCCACUGAAGAAUUAACUUUUAGUUCAUUGAAAUGUGAUAGUUUAACUGUUUUAUUUAUUUACGCUUAUUGAGGCUGAAUGAAAUGUUACCGUGUCUUUUUCCAGCUUCUGUACAUAUACUUACUUAAAAAUAUUUAAGUUUUGUCUAUGUCUGUAAUGGAAAUAUGCGAAAAAUUUACUUGAUAUUGGGAUGAAUGUAGAUUAUAUUAUAUAUGUUUUUUUUUGUAAUUUUAUAUUAUGAUAUUUAUUUUUUUUUGUCAAUGUAUAAUGAUAUAAACGUCUCUAAAAUAUGAUUUACCAAAACUCAAACAUUAAAAAGGCGCCAUUGGUAUUAAAUAAAUUUAUAGUUUUUUAUAGCGCACAUAUAAUUCUUUAUAAACGCAGCAAACAGUACCUACUUAAUACAACUUUGUAUUUUACUAAAUAUUAUUUUUAUAUUAUUAAAGUAUUAAAAGUAUAAUGGAACCACUGAUUUUUCUGUUUGAUAAUAUUUGAAAGUCAAUAUUUGCCAUUACAAUGGUAACCUAGUAAGUUAAUUGUUCAAAUUAUUCAGCUCAUGAUCAAGUACCUAUGCACUAUUUAAAAAAAAACAAUCAUACUUUGAAUAGAUACAAUAAUAUUGUUAAUUAUGAAAUACGAACUGUCAAGUUUAUGUGUAUAAAUUUAAGUGACGUGUGGCGGUUGAAUCGCUAUAUUAUAAUACACGCUAUAAAAAUCGUCAUUUUAUUAUAUGUAUAAAUAAGCUACAAAAAGUAAUUCGUCGAAAACAUCAUGUUUAAAUCUUACAGUGUUAAUCCAAACUCCAAAGGGAUAAUAUUAUGAAGAUAAUAUAAUGCUUUAGAACUCUUGACAGGCUAGAAUGACGUACCUAUAACACGGACGAGAAAAAAAAUAAGGACUUCGUGUCACCUUACAUAACAGUGAGACACCAAAACAAGCCGGUAAACGUGUAAAUACAUAGCCCCAUGCAUACACUUACACAAGUACAAGCCGAUCAGCCGCCAUUAUGAGAUUUGCCAUCGUCUGUGACAGAUCAGUUUACGUCGAAAUUUUUUUUUUUAAAUGCCGUCGUGCGUUGUGAAAUAGUGUAAAAACAAUAAUAUAAACGUAUUUGUGCAUAUAUGAUUAUUGAAGGGAGAAAAAAAUGUGUAACUGGUAUACCCCGUAACCGCACACACUCUAGCAUAAAGGUGCUUCACUUGCUAAUAUCACGGCGCGGAGUCCUUCUUUUUUUACUAGUCGGAGACCUAUAACAGAUUACUAAGACCGAACGCGGAAUAACGCCGAACCUUUUGACUAUUCAGGAUUUAAUUUCGGAGGGUGGAGAUGGAGAGAACCAUUUCGUGGCGCUAGUGGGUUAAUGUUAAAAGGAGCAUCAAAUUUUAAUUGAUACAUAAUAUUUUUAAUUACCAAAAAUAAACGGCCGGCUAUGAAGAAUAGUUACGAAAUCAUAAAUGUGCAAUCAGUUUUUACGUAUUGCCAAUGAUUAUUUUCAUGGUAUAAUGUUUUGACAUACUCAUAAAUUUUGUUCAGUAAUUGUAACUGAUUAACCAGUUUUAAAUUAUUUCAAAAUAACGGUAUAAUAAACUAUUCUCAAUUAAUUCUUACUUAUUUAACGUAAAACUUUCCAUACAUAUUUUUUUAGUGAAAUGAAGGUGCCAAAUAUAUUUAAAUUGUUACCAUGUCCCCAAUAAAUAUUCAAUUGUUUUUGCUCAUACCACUUCACGCUGUCAACAACGGCUAAAUUCAUUUCAUACCUUCUACUGGGCAUAUUGCAGCUUUUUACCUGUAUAAGAUAGUUCUCUCUACCUUUUAUCCUCCAUACUUUGAAUACAGACAAUAUUUAUGUAUCGGUUAUAAUAAUAAUGUUACUUGUGUACUAUUAUUUACAAUAGUAAACAACAUUUACAAUAUGAAAUUACGGCGUAUUCUAUACCUACUUAAAACUUUUUACUUUAGUAGGUACCUACAAUAAUUUAUAGUUUCUUUAUCGAGGCUGCGUGAAAUCUUACCCAGUGUUUUACACCUUUAAAAAAAGUUUCGCUUUAUGUACGAUUCGGAGUUUCAAUGUAUUUAUUGAAUUUAUAUUAUGAAUAUUACUCUGUUAUAUUUAUAUGCUUCAAUCAUUGAUGAAAUUUCGGGAUGACACAGUGGCAACACACAUAGAAGACAUAAAAGGCAUUUAUUUUCUCAAAAUUGAUUCAUUUAGAAUUCUUUUUGAUGUCAUUUCUUAUACUACUAGAUACUACUACCGCUUCGGAAACAAAUGGCGCUCUGAGAGAGGAAGCAGCGCAAGAAACUCUCCCAGCAUUCUUUUUUUGCGCUCUUUUCAAUAAAAAUAUACAAUAUUGUACAGUCAUUACUAUCGCUAUAAAAUAAUCACAAUCUAGUCCCAGGCUGUCCGAUCAUUUAGAUAUUCAGCAGUGGAGUAAUAGGAUUUACCACAGAGCCAUUUUUUUUAUAAAACAUUUAAAUUUAUUUAUAGAUAAUGCCUGAACAGUAGCUGGGGCUUUGUUGUAGAAGUGUAUACAUUUACCCUUAAAGCUAUUAUGUAUCUAAUGAAGCCUACUAGAAUUAGUUACAAGCAAUCCCUUAUUUCUAGUGUUAUAAUAAUGAAAAUCACUAUUAAGAGCAAAAAGGUGACGAUUUUUGUGAACAUAUAUUAAAUUUUCAUAAAUGUACUGACAAUGAACAGUCAUAAUAUUUAUUUCUUUAAAUUUUUCUUUGAGAGACUGUCUAUAACCAAGCUGAUAUAUAGCACGAACAGCGCUCUUUUGCAGUGCAAACACUAUAUCAAUGUUAGCAGCAUGACCCCAUAGUAAUAUACCGUACGUCAUGAUGCUGUGAAAAUAACUAAAGUACACUCAUCUAGCGGUCGCAACAUUCGUGUACUCUCUAAUCUAAAUUCGUGUUCUCUCUAAUCUACAUUCGUGUACUCUCUAAUCUACAUUCGUGUACUCUCUAAUCUAAAUACAUAGGAUGUACCAAACUCAUCAAUAAAGAAAAUUAUAGCGAAGUGCUUUGUUAUUAAAUCUCUUUGGUGCUGUUUAACAAUGUCCAAGUAAAGUAGCAGAUUAUCAUAGGCUAGAUAAAUUAAUGGGUAAAAACAUAAAAGUACCAAAUAAAAUAAUUGCGUGUCACAAUCAUUUCACCGCUUCGUUUAGUUACUUGAUGACUUAUCUGGCAGUUCGGUUUGGCACCCUCGCGCUCUAUAAUUCCGUUUUACGAAAUGAAAAUAUUAAAAAAAAGUGUGUGUGUCAGCUCCGACGCACGCCUAGAGUUUACUCCUCAAGAACGAUUGUCUUUGAACAGGUACUAAACAAAAUCAAGUCCAAUGGAGUCGGUUACAAACAGACAUACAGCAGAAGCUAAUAAAAGCGUAUUAUUUAAAAAAUAAAAUAAUAGGUUAGGUUAAAAAUUGUCUAUUUAGCGUCAAAUGCGCUAUGUAAUAUACUCUCCAUAUUAAAUUAAACAUUUAAAUAUGUGCAUAUCUCAUAUAAAUUUUUAUGAACUAUAUUCAUAAUUCAAUAUUUAAUAAAUACAAAGCACACGUUUAUAUAUACAAUACAUGUCAUAUUCAUAUCAAUAUAGUAUGAAUUGUAACUUACUUAAUACCCACGUGCUUAUCAAAUUUUCCCGCACUAUUAUUUACACCAUUGUCAUCCAUAAUUUAUAGAAUUUUCACUUAACUUUAUGAAAGUAUAAUAAUAAAUCAAUUUCAAUAAUAUAAUGAAGCUUCAAAAUACAAGAAUGUGAAAGGUGCGCGAGAAAUGAUGCGCACCAAAAACGUUACUAUGGCAUUUGAUAAGCAGAUUUUACUCUCCAUAAUUUUCUCAUACCGGGUGCCUUAUAUGAAUUUUCUCAUACCGGGUGCCUUAUAUGAAAAUCGAUUCUUAAGGAGUAAACUCCAAAAACUGUUUCUUAUACGAAAUAACUUUACACAAGCUUUUAGUGCAUAUUUUUUAAAUCUCUAAUCUAUCUCUAAAUAGCACUAAAGCCACUAUUUUCACAGUAACAAUCAAUCAUCACAUAUUUAUUUUGUAACAAAAUUUGAGAAUGUCAACUUAUGAAUUGUCAUUUGCCUUUCAUAAUAUUGUCCAUAAGUCGUAUCAUAAACAAACCAUGUAUCAAACAUUAUAGUAGAGGAGCCCAAACGGGGAUUUUGGGAUUUAUUCGAGCGUGUCAGAAUAACAUAAGAUAACUCUUGCACCUUCUGAAGUACUCCCGUUGAACCCUGUAUAUAGGGACGACCGUCUGGGGAAGCCGAUCAGAUUAGUAAAAACAAUCGAAAAAACUCUAGUGCGUGAGAUUGAGGUACCUUAUCUCAACUUAAGUUAAUAAAUUACCUCAAGAUGAGGUAAGGUACACCUUAUCUUAAGUUAAUUAUAUGCAGUACAGUGUUCAUUUCAAUAAUCUAACAAUUUGAGCUUUAAGCAUAAGGAAAUUGGAAAGUCACAAAUUUCAAACCAUGUACUUAUAAUAAUCUGACGCCCUUCAGUAUGUUUAUGGUCAUGUUUUUUUUUGUAUUUUCAAAAAUAGGUCAUAACUUUUGGUCACGUUCGAAUCGUCAGUCUUUUGAAUAAGAGCUACAACAGGGUUCACUCAACAUCAUAAAAGGGGUUCACUUAACAUCACUUUUCUAUGAUACUCCCCCGUACAAACUGGCAGAUUAAUAUUUUUCCGUUAUCAGAAACACGUGGGGCGCAUAUACUAUUGAUCUCUGAAGUGCUUGAGUAUUAGUUUGUGACUUUUCUUUACAUAAUUAAUUGUACACGCUCUCUCCACCAGCGACAGUGUACACGGCAUAUAAACUUUUUUUUUUCUUUUUAGCAUCUAACCUUCACUAUCCAAUAGACGCUCGAGUAAAUCCCUAAUUAGUCUAUAUGACUUAGAACUAAUAUUAUAUCUAUUUAACUAAUGAUAAAAAUUUACAUUAUUUUGUCAAAUGCUUGUCACUGUCUGGCUAUCCAGUACCCGGCAGAUAACUAUGAUAUUUGCUGCUACAUCCAUCGCAUAAUUUAAGUAGCGCUUAUCUGCUAGAUAACACUAUUUAUAUAUUAUGAAACGCAAAUGAAUCUUUAUUCGACAGUAAAGUAACAAGUAGCCUAUUCGUAACUUCACUUGUACAUGUGAAACAGCCCCUUAUUAUGCUAGGGGCACACUAUGGCUGUGUUGACAAAUUACAAUUACAUAACAUAUUAUGCUGUCUAUUUAUUAUGGAAAAAUGCCAUAAAGAACAGAUAAUUCGCGCGCAAUCAAAUGGAAUAAAAUGAAACAUCCUAUUUACCAACGGACUUGUAACAAAAAUAAGGACUCCAUGUCACCUUACAUAACAGUGUAGCACCAAAACAAGCCGAUUAACGUAUAAAUACAUAGCCCCACGCACACACUUACACUACUACGGGCCGAUAGGCCGCCAUUAUGAGAAAUGUCAUCGUUUGUGACAUCAGCUUGCGGCUCAAUAAAAUAUUUUAAAAAUGCCGUCGUGCCUUGUGAAAAAGUGGAAAAACGAUACUAUAUAAGUAUUUGUGGCCAUAUAUGAUUAUUUAAGGGAGAAAAAAUUGUGUAACUAGUAUCCCCCGUACCGCACACACACUAGCAACGGUGCUUCACUUGCUAAUAUCACCGCGCGGAGUCCUUCUUUUUUUACUCGUCCGUGUAUUUAGCAUGUAUUUUUUUCGUGUUAUGUAUUUUUUUUUAAUUAACUGUUGACACACAUUCGUCGCCCUAUACUUAAUUCUAACAGAAAGCAAAAGAGACGAGGCUUGAUUUGCCCAAGACAUUAAUAUUUUCUAUCUAUUAUUCUAACCACAUAUUAUUUUCUUAUUUUCUUUAAAAAUGCGUUUCUACUACUAGUCUUAAACAUUAACUAUAGGAAGGUAAUUCUAUGGAAAAUAAUUCCAGAAGACUUAUAAUAUUCAGACUUCACGCAUUCGCGAUAAACGCUGAUUGAACGUAGGAUUCGACCUGCUCUUUACGUCUUUCUUUUGUCUUUUGCGUAUCAUAUUCUGCACAAAUUCUAUGUCGUGUCAUCUACUCUUGUCUUCUUAAUUACAUGUCCAUCAGAACUGCCCGAAUAUUAAGCGAACAAAUAUAACCCAUAUAUGUGGCUUUCGGUAGAGUUAUGUUAUUAGUGCGUGUAGUUAUUAGUACAUGUAGAAUUAUUACAUAAUGAAUUUUUCAAAAAUUCGGUAUAAAAUUAUGGAUAUUUUUUUAUUUAUUUAUUUAUUUAUUAGAAUACAAUGUAACAAUUUAGACUAAAUUUAAAAGCGCUACAAAGAUACUAAAGCAAAGAAAAAACAAUCAAAAUUAUAAAACUAGGUAUUUUAUUUUAUAGACUACAGUUUAUAGGUAUCAUACUCUCAAAUCUUUUCUUACAUUAUAAUAUUCAAUAAAACCUUAAAAUUGUAUGUAGGUGCACUUAUUUAAGUGUAUAAAUGUAGGACUCCUAACAGUGGCGGCCGGUGGGAGUGUCGCGGAGCCGGAAACUAGGCAGAUAGCCACACACUAGCAAUUAGUGUAAUUUUUGUGAGAUAAAUAAUAUACUGACAUGUUUAUUUUUGGUAAUUUUCAAAUUAUGGUGUGUAUUGGUGCGGCGGCAUUAUUAUGUUAUAAUGUUGUUAGGCUUGCCUACCUACCUAUUCUGGAAUUUGCUCUCUAAAAUGUCUAGCUCGUACGUUUGGGGUAGUUAGGAAUCCGGCCCUUGAACGAAAGACCCGAUAUGAAAUAUUAUACUAGAUAGGUUGAAAUGUUAAACUGAAAAAUUGUGACACGGACCGCACUUAAAAUGUCGUAAUUUCUCUCCUAAUUAUAAAAAUAUGUAAGUGAAUAGUUUAUCAAUUGUUUUGAAAUAAAUUGUUUUCGUAUUGCAACACUAGGAAUGAUUGACAUAAAAUGUUGACAAAUAAAGUAAUUGUAUUAAAUAAUCUAUAAAUAGUUGAAAUGCGUAAUUCGACUUAAGUCGAUAACUAGCUAUGUACCUACCAAAGCUUAUUAAUAAUAAUUUAUAUUACUUUUAUGUACAAUUCCAUUAUUGUAUGUUAACCGCUUGGUAGGAAUUAUCCAGUAGGAGUUUGUUUUUGAUUUACUGCGCACUUUUAAAGUCAUUCUAGCUGAUAUUGUAUCGACUUAUAAAUUUAUAAAACUUGAGCAUAUUAUGUACGUGUGAUCACGUUAUUGUUCGUGUAUAUUAUAUCCUAGAGGCGGAUUAUCCCUUAGGCAAACUGGGCCCACUUAUUGCUUGCCUUGGGCGCACUCACACUGAAUCCACUUCUGGUAUUAUUAUUGUUGACAAUGAGUAGAAGUUCUCUUGCAUUUAAAGCAUUUUUCUAGUCAAGUGCAGGUUUUGUAAUGCAAUAAAUAAAAUCAUUUCAGAAA